AUGAACAACAUUCAUCCUAUCUAUAAUAUCAAAACUCUGAUGAUUAAACGUGAAUUGAUGAAAAAUGAAAAGUUAAAGGAUGAAAAUUGGGAAAGAUUCCUGCCGAAGUUUAAAAAGAAGAUUCAAUCGUCUGCUACCGCUAAUGAAGCUAAAAAGAAGAAGAAGAAAGCUUGGAAGAAAAAGGGUGAAUACACACCAUUCCCGCCAGCUCCUACUCUUAGCAAGAUUGAUAAACAACUAGAGAGCGGAGAGUAUUUCAUGACGGAAAAAGAGCGCUUACUCAACAAGAAGAGGUACACUGCAGACGUUUUUUGCAUUGCUUUGUACAAACGAGUGCUAAGUGGUGAGUUUUCUAUCUCGCCAGCUGCCGCCGACUUCCUUGCAAAACAUAGUUUUGAUUUUAACAAGUUCAUAUGUGAAGGAGUUACCUAUUGCAAUCGCAACGAAGUAACCAAGCUUAAAGGAGAAAUUGAAAGUGGUGAAGUUGAUUACAACUUAUUUGGAAAGGAUUUUCAGAAUCUUGUCCAAGCUGUAAAACUUCGUAUCCUAUUUAAGGCAGAAAAUAAUUAUAAUUAUUCGCUUAAUGAAAGCUUGGCUGAUUUGUGUGAUAGCAUCUCUCCACAGGGGCCAAUAAUACUAAAAUUGAUUGGAAAGUAAGU